AUGUCAGAAUCCAACUACUUCAACCUCCCAUGGCCAAUUACGGUCCAUGCAGUCGCCCUUACAGCCCUGGGCGUGGCUAUGGCAUUUAGUCGACGGAAACCCGAUGUAUCACCGGAGCUUCGCGGCGCAAAUUCCCUAAUCGGGAUAACAACUACAACCAUCGGCCUCGCAUAUCUGAGCACGUCGUAUGUUCCAAUCGAACAAAACCAAUUCCUCCAUGCUAGCGUGCCAGUACGAUUGGUGAUUGCAACUUUACUUGCCACGUCGGCGGUAGUCAAUCGGAAGGAUAUGGAUGAUAAGAGUUGGAGAACGCAUGUUGGGUUUGCACUUUGGGAUGGGAUUGGGGCGCUUUGGUUGGGAUGGUAUUUGGAUAGGUGGGACGGACGGUGUUCCUAG